CCCGCUCACACUCGGUCAAGUGAAGAUCAAUAACCUUAGUGUGCUACAAGCUAUUAUGCUUACGAAGUGAAGCCUGUAGCGUACAGCGGAUUAUAGACAGUGACAUUAUUUGCAAGGACUGGAACAACCCUGGAAAUUACAGGACGUGAAAAACCCAUGUAAGUCAAUGAAAAACACAACCAGAAGGAUAUGUCCUUGGUAGAAAAUAUUGUGUCUAUGCCUGCCACGGGCAGUCAUGCAGGCCGGGGUUUAUUUUCAACUUUGGUUGGCAAAACUGGACCUUACUUUCACGACGAGUGUUUGCCUCUCAGUGGAAUGUCGAAAAUGCCAGAACAUUCAGUGACUGUGGUUUCCAGUGAAAAUGAAUAUGGAUAUUCAGUGACUGGUUGUACAGAAUCUUCUAUCGUAGAGAUGUCGAAAGAGAGUCCCAGCACACACUCGCCAGCGGUGCAGCUGUCAUCUGAGGCUACAGCAAGUAAUGACAUUAGUGAUAAAGACGUAGGCAAACGCCGUAACACAAAAGCUACUACAGGAGAAAAAUCAGGCAGAACAUCUGCAGAAGCAAGAGUGGAAACGCCAGUUGCCAAAAUCUCACCAAUUCAUGUGUCAGUGAAGAGGCCCCGAACACCUUUGUCCGAUGAAAAUUUGGGAGAUCCUCUAGAAAAAAGGGCAAGAAUUGUGACAGAUACAGCAAAUGAAGCACAAAGUAAGACUGAAAAAUGUACUGCUACAUCAACGAUAACUGUGAACCAAGACAUGCUAAUUGAGUCUUCAGCAGGGGAAACUGCAAAGAGAAGAACCACCUGA